UAGAGCAAGUUGAAACCGAGAGCUCCACCCAUCCAUCCCAUGUAUGCUAGUGCUUCAUCCGAACAGUCCACCAAAUUGAAUUCUUCCGCUGUCAGACGCGCUAUGGGAAUGCAUUAAACUGCAAAGGGACUACUGCAAGGACUAUUUUAUCACCAUACAUUGUUCUGGGCGAUUCACCAAGAUAUGGAAGGGCCAAAUCGUCACCAAUAAACGUGGGAACUGUAGGCAAUAGCGUUAGAUAGGCUGGAGGUUCGAUCGAAAAAGUGUGUGAGUUGGUAACAUAGACGAGAUGUACUCACAGUAUUGGAAUACGGCUCGAGGACGCAAACCAGACUACAGGAGAUAUACGGUUGUUGAGGGAGAGACCCUGAUAUCUCUGGGAGUCAAUGCAAGGAGGAGGCUUCACUCGGCGCCGGUGGAGGAAGUCGAAUGCGGCGGCCGGCCAAACCCUGAGGGCGCCGGGUCAGUGUCUGUGACGGAGUUGAGUCACUACGGGGAAAAGGGAGAAAGCGAAGGGCCCUUGUGCCAACGAUGCCAGAUCAUCGCUACAGAGCUGAACAGGCAAGCGCUUGCUUUGGCCGAUCCUGCGUCCCUGAAGGACCCGGGAUUCGCCGUGUUCCUGUUUGACAAGCUCCAGCACCUCCAGUGUCCCCAUAGGGGCCCGUAUGCUAGAGAGGACAGCACCUGCCAGGUCUGUGGCACUGCCCUUCACCAACUGAGACGCCUGGCCCUGCAGAAAGCCUUGGGCCUACCCGGAGACAUGCCCGACCUGCAUCCUGGAGCCUUCUCCUCAGGGCUGACCCCCAGCCCUGCUGCCCACAGCGUGGUCACCCUACCCUGCCAGGACUGGUCCAUGGAGGACUCGCCAGCCAAGCAGCCACCCAGGUUCUAUGAUCAGAUUCCUGGGGAAAGGUUCAGGGGGGGACUCCAGGGUUGGGGUGGGAUCCAGAGCAGCUACAUGGGAGGGUCCAAGUCCACGGUGACUCCUAUACCACAGCACUUUCUGGAGGGAGUGUGGAGAGUCUCUCGUGUCAGGAGGGAUCAUCAUCCUCAUUCUGCUGUGCUACCUAGCAACACCUAG